GCCUUUGCCGCUGGGUCCGAGAGCGCACCCGGCGUGGGCGUGAGGCGGGUCGGAGCGGGUGGCGCGGAGGGCGCUGCGUGGGGCGAGCGCGGCAGCGGCUGCGGCGGCGCGGCCCGCGUGACCCUCCGCCGCGCCCCGUGCGCUCGCGAGCCCGCGCCCCGCCGCGCCGGCCCAGCCGCAGGAUGCGCGCUCCGCCGCUGCUGCUGCUGCUGGCUGCCUGCGCGCCACCGUCAGGCGCCGCUGUGGACCCGACGCCGCCGGGCUGGGAGCCGGCCCCCGACGCACCCUGGUGCCCCUACAAGGUGCUGUCCGAGGGCCCAGAGGCGGGCGGUGGGCGCCUGUGCUUUCGCAGCCCCGUUCGGGGAUUCCGCUGCCAGACGCCGGGCUGCGUAACGCUGGCCUCGGCGGGUGGCUCGCUGCGCGCCCACGUCCUGCGCAAUCGCAGCGUGCUGCUGCAGUGGCGCCUGGCUCCUGCCGAGGCGCGCCGCGUGCGCGUCUUCGCGCUCAACUGCUCGUGGCGUGGCACCUAUACGCGCUUCCCGUGCGAUCGCGUGCUUUUGGGUGCCUCCUGCCGCGACUACCUGCUGCCCGAUGUGCACGACAGCGUGCGCUACCGCCUGUGCCUGCAGCCGCUGCCGCUGCCGCUGCGCGCCGAGCUCGCCGCCGCCCCGCCAGAGCUGGCCGAGUGCGUGGAGUUCACCGCUGAACCGGCAGCUAUGCAGGAGAUCGUGGUGGCCAUGACAGCGGUGGGCGGCUCCAUCUGUGUCAUGCUGGUGGUCAUCUGCCUGCUGGUGGCCUACAUCACCGAGAACCUCAUGCACCCGACCUUCCGGCGACCCAGUCUGCGCAGGCAGCCCUGAAGCGCAAGGCGACCCGCCCACCUGGGUUCCAUCUGCCAAGUGCACUGAGACCCUAAGGCUCUCUCUCUCUGCUUUUCUCUCAUUCUCUCUCCCUCUUUAGGAUCCCCAUGGAGGGCCUAAUGGAAACUAGCCCAUGCAGGGACCUUGGCAUCAUCCUACGACCUUGCCAGCCCCAGAUGGGUAUCUGCCUUCCAGACUCAGGCCUCAGACUGGUCCAUAGGCCUGGGCUAGAGUGUCAGUGGCAGCCAGGGGUCUUCUCCAUCUCCAGAGGCCUUUAUAGGGCCGGCCAGAAUAUACAGUCCCUUCUGGCAAUAACCACUGGCACCCAGGAUCACGAACGUGAACUUUCAUCCUGUGUCAGGUUGUCAAAGCUUGGUCGUGAUUGUUGCUUGGUCACUUUUUGUGCUUUGCAGAUUGGGAGGAGUGACCUCUGGAGCCUGUACCCACCCCACCUUAUCCCAGUGGGCUUAGGUUAGCUUUGUGCCUUAGUAUCUCUGACCCACUGCAGGAGCCACCCAUCAUCCCUCAGCUGUCCAUGGGGAUUGGGGCCCUGUGGCUGGCUGGCUUAUGCAUGCAUCUGGUCAGAGUCCCAUUGAGGACACACCAUCUUUGAGACUUUCAGGAGCCUGGGGCAAGGGUUCUCAGGCCCUGUUUUGUCUUCCUUUGUGGGUGUCCGAGAAGCCAAGAGCCAUGAUGUAGCUCAGCAGGCUGGGCCCAGUGUCCAGCUGCUGCAUCCAGGGGUGAGUGUCCUCCACCUUAGGAGGCUGGGGAUUCACCCUUUCCUUUUGCUUGUACUGCCUUGAUUAUGAUUUUCCCAGGGCGGUGGUGGAGGUUGGGAAGACAGCUGAGGGAUCCUGAGGGCUGAAGGAAAGCUGCCCAGCCAAACCCUUAACUGUGGUCUGGAUCCCAAGCCUCAACCAACCUAAGAAACCUCAGUGGCCACAGUGCUACUUUACUAGCCCAGUUCUCACACUACCGCCUGAGAUCUGACCCCAGUGAUGUUGCCCCUCUUUCUACAUGGGCAGAGGCUGGUCUUGCCUACCUCCUGGUAGACAGGGGCACCUUGUGAUAUUGGGAAGAGUAAGGUAUUGCCCCUGUGUCUCUGAGCCUGGGCUCUGACCACUGGACUUAACCCUGGCAAUUUUUCCUCCUACUCUCAACCCCAGCGACCAUGAUGACCUGAGCCCUGGCUGGCAGCACCCGUGCCCUACCUCUCUGUCUUUGCUCUGCCCGUUCCCUAUGAGGCACUGGUCAGUUGCCAGCAUCUAAAUGUCCAUCACUCUCAGACCAAAA